AUGUCCUAUAAAGAAUUAGAAACACUAGACACAGACAAUAUUGGAUUUCAAGGAAAAAAACCCAUUGGACUAUUUACAGAUAUUGACAAAGGCAAAUUAUCAGAAUUGCUGAAUCAAUUCACUAUUAAUUACCUGGAUAUCUCGUACUUUCAUGGUAUCAUAUUUGCAUACCUAAAUCAUGAGCUAAAACUCCUAUCAAUCGAAAAACUUUCGCAAUAUCUAGAAAACGGAGAUUCUAAUUUGUCAAUUGAUGACUUGGUGACCUUCAAAUUUGUGAUCAGCUCUGAUGUCACUCAAAUAAAAUUAAAUGCAAAUGAAUCAUGUUUGUAUGUGAUUUCACAAGUUGAUAAUGAAAUGGUUGUGUCUAAUAUAGACACAUCAAUCUUGUUAAAUGGAACAUUCAACGAGCAUGAAGUUUAUAGAGUCCCAGCCGGUGUGAAGAUUUUACGUUUCAUGCCUUCUCCUAAAAAUCAUGAACAAUCUGUUUGUUUAUUAGAUUCAAAAGAUCUUAUACUAAUAAACAAAAAUUCAACAUCAAAACUAUUUGGAAAUGUCUCAUCAGCUAAUUGGUUCGAUGAAAAGCUGAUGUUCUCUUACGAUGAUGACAUGUGUCUUAAUUUUUACGAUCUAAAGUCUUCCAAAAUUGUUAACUCAUUUACAUUGAAUUCAGAUUGUAGCGACGAUAAAGGAGAAGAGGAUCAAAGAAUCGUUUAUUUACAGAAGGUUAAUGAUCAUAGUAUAAUAGCGGUAGCUGGUGAUUCCAUAUCUUCGACUGAAAAUCCAGAUUUUACCACCUACAUUAUAGAUUUGAGUCCAAAUGAUUUUUCUCCAAACAAAAUUCUUACUACCCAGAUGUUAUUUACAUCAUAUGGAAGUAUUGAUCGUAUUGCAUCUUUCUAUACAUUAUGCUUAAAAAACUGGUCCCAAGAGUACUCUGACGUUCUUAUAUCGACAGGCUCAAAAUCUAUUGAUAUAAACAUUUCAUUACCCGACAAGCUGGUCGAGCUAUUAAAUGACUCAGAUCGAGCAACAAUGCCAAUGGAUGACGAGUCUGGUGAUGAUGAUACACCUUUGGGUAUGGUUUUGGACUUGAACUCAACAAUAAACGUAAAAGAACCUUGUAAAGGGGUAGAUGAGUCGAAACCAUUACCGAGAGUGAUAACAUUGACUAACAGAGGUCAACUAAUUUGCUGGAAUUUUUGGAUAAAGGAUUCAAUCCUAAAUAACCAAGCAAAUUUAGCAAAUGUUGAGAAAAUCAACAGAAGUAACACCUUACAUGAUGAAACCAUUAUUCCUUCAUCUUCUGCGAAACCAAAUAGUUUAUCUAGCUUAGGUUCUUUGUCUGUUGGUACAUGUGCGAAGGAUAAAGACUCAAAGGCUUCUAUUUUUGGCAGCUCUACAAACCAAUCUGAAAAUCCAUUUGGAUCAACGGCUGGAAAUCCGUUUGCAUCGUCCAUUUUCCCCAAGGCGAAUAUCUCUACAAGUUCCAUGACUACAUCUAACAAUAACCAGAAUCCUUUUGGUUCGACAUCCAAGGAUGCAUUUGGAAAUUUCAACUUGGAGAAGUCCACAUCAGUAUCCGAGACACACCCUUUUGGUGAGGCGUCAGCUCCAAGUCCAUUUGGAGGCUCCAGUUUUGGAACAAAAUCGGGAACGAAUGGUUUUAAAAUGGGCGAAAUGGUGGAUAAUUCGAAACCAUCAAACUUUAAAUUUGGAUCUUCAUCAUUUGGGGGAGCAUUUUCCUCUUCAUCGGGGGGUGUUGGAGGUUUCAAGAUGAAUAUGACUAAUACUGGAACGCCAAAAGCAUCGACUUCCCUUUUUAGCUCCGGUGGGUUCAGCAAAUUUAGUACUUGCGAUAACGCGUUUACUGAUGCAGGUGCAGCUUCAUCGACUUCUUCGCCGUUUGGUACAUUGGGCACAUCUAAUGCAUCACCAUUCAGUGGGUUAGGAUCUACUGCUAAGCCUCCAAUAUUUGGUGAUUCCAACGGAAAGAACUUUGAAGGAAAAGUUACGGAUAGUGUACCGUUUAGUUCUUUGAAUAAUAAGAGAACUGACUUAUUUGCUCAAAAGCCAGUAGGAACGACAGUUUCAACCACAAGUAAUGUUCAAGAAAUGCAGUCAAACUCUUUGUUUGGUACUCCGAAAAAAGCUACGUCUGGACUAUUUGGCUCAGCAUCUUUUAGAAAAGGACAAGAUGAUAGGAAAGUUAAUGCUGCAGGGUUAUUUGAUAAGCCAAAUUUAAAUCCGUCCAUAGCUUUAAAUUCUUCUACGAAAACGGAGACUGUUGCAGAAGUAUCCGAGUCUGGUUUAUAUAAUCAUAAUCCUGACCUUCGGAACACCGAAGUGGUUUCGUCAGAUGAGCUAUCUGACGUUUCAAAGGAGUCUGUCUCGGAGUCGGAACUAUCAGAAGAAGAAGAAGAAGAAGAAGAAGAAGAACAUGGAGAGGAGGAAAAGGCUAGGGAAUCCGAUGUUGAGCUAAACAAAGUUAAACAACUCCUAAAUAAAACUGAGAAGCCUACCAGAGAAUCCAAUGAACCAGCUGAAGAGGCUAUUAUGCCUAGAGUUCAAAAACCGAAAGGAAAGUUGCAAAACACAAAUUUUGAACAAAGUGAAGAAAAAGUGCCGAAGGCAGAAAAGAAAAUCAAAGUUAUUGCCGAUGAACCGGUAUCAUUUGACUUACAAAUGGACGAUUAUAAAUUUGAUCUUGAAAGGAAUAUUUCUUUAGAUAGAGCCAUCAAGAAACUCAUUGAAUCUAAAAGGAUUGAACUAUAUGGCGGAGAUUUAGAUUAUAGACGAUUUUUAGAUGAUCAAGCUAGAAUUUAUGAUUCUAAAGUUCCAAAUGUCAAAAAGCUAGUAUCUGAUUGGGAGGCCAAUCGAAAUUUGGAAGUCGAAAAUGCAAAAAGAGAUCUUGAGUUAAACGAACAGCAGACACACAGGAAUAAGCUAGAUGAGUUGUUAAAAGUCAAAGAGGACAAGGAUAAGCUUUUCACCGAUGCCGAACAAAACAGAACACGCAUUCUAGAGCUUCUAAGGCAUGAAACUGAACGGAGACGUAGUGUUUUGGCAAGACUCUCACGAGAGGUGGAACUCGAGGAAGAGAUUACAGCAAAAGUUAGAGAAGAGGAAAUUUCUAACAUGAAGGCUUUUACUGCAAUGGAAGAAUAUUUCAAAGAAAUGAAAAAGCUGGAAGACGAGCAAAACGAACUCAUUGCAGAGGAAAUUGAACUUGAAAGUAAGAGGAAACAAUCGGCUGAGGACAAACAAAAUUCCGAAAAUGAACUCAAAAGCAGUGAAGAUGAAGAAAAGUUCAAUUUUACAAAAGGGGAAGCUUGGACAGAGCAAGGUAAAGAUGCUCUUGGUGAGAGUACCGCAAAUCUCAAGGAACCAUUCUGCCAUAAGAUAAAUGAGACCGUAGUAGACGAAUCAGCAGAUAAAGGCAAGAUGCUAGACAGUAAGUACGAAGUAAGUGCCAACUUCUAUCCGAAAGAAGGUGGGAUGGAUCAACAAACGAAAAAUAGCCUUGCAACUAUUGAAAAUAAAGUUGAACAUGAGAGCAAUCAAAUGAAGAAUGAAAAUAAAGAAAUCCUUCAAGAUGGUACGGUAGAAGCCGCCAAAGGAGUGGGGUCAAGAGUAGUUCCUGCAAAGAAGGUAACUCUGAACAAUGCUAACGCCGAUAUCCAAGACAAGGGCAAUAACUUCAUAAAUGAUAAAAGCGAGGAACCAGUUGAGGGAUCACUAGAUAAAGUUACUGGUAAAACAGACAACAUAUUGAGUGACUCCCCAUUUGUACCACCAGUUAAGAAGGCUAGUGAACCAGUUUUGGAUAUGGUGCCAGAAUCAACUAAAGCGGCUGAAGAAACUGUGCCAAUUGAAGAAGCCUGUAAAAUAGCAGCUGAUGAGGAUAAGGCACGUCCACAUUCAGGUGGUCAUGACAUUCGAUAUGAAGAGAGUACGGGAGUAGAUGAACUUGAUGCCUCUAAUGAAAAAGAUAUCUCAGAAGGGAACACGGUGGAUACCAAAAAAGUUGAAAGAGAGGAAAUAGUUGCUGCUACUGUCACAGAGGAGCCAUAUGAAGUACUCAAUCUGAAUGGUUCUAAUUCAGCUGGAAUUACAAAACAACAAUAUUCAUCUAAACAUUUUGAUGAUGAGCCUUAUAUUCACUCAAUGAAAACUGAAGGCUAUAGCAAAGGCACCGAUGAACCCAUUAAAAAGGUCCAUAAACUAGUUUCCAUGUACGAUUCUGAUAGCGACACCAAGGAAAAGAUCACCUUCAAAUGUGUCAACGAUUUCCCAGUUGACACCUCCGAGGUUAUCAGCAAGCCAGUUGAACACGAAACACUGUACGAAUCUGCAGAUUCUGAGUAUUUGAAAGCUGCUACCAAUUCAAACAAACCCAAUCAGAUUACUCAUGAUGUUUCGACUACUCCAGAAUAUGUACAAGCUAGUGUAGAAUCAACAGAAGAAAACAGGAUUUUGAGGUCUAUUUCUGCUAGUCCUGGAUACAUAAAAUCUGAAAUUGAUACUUCUAGUUUACUUAGACAGGAAGAAUUGAACUGUCUUCCAAAUUAUGAGAGUUUGAAUGAAACCAAAGAACCUAGUUACGCUUUUGUAUCAACUUUAACAGAUAGAAUGAUCGCCUGCAACUUGUCUACCACUGAUGAUGAAAAUUAUUUUAGCAGUUACUACAUACCCAAAACGGUUCCUCUUCUACAUGCCAAGGGUAAGGUAAAUUAUCCUAUAGAUUUUGAUCAACUACCUCCAAUGGGAAAAGAGAUGAAAAAACUUAUUUAUGACAGAUUGAUUGAGUUUGAUAUUUUGCAUAAAAAUCUGAGGGCUAUGGGUGAAUAUAUUGCAGACCAAUCGAAUACGUCACUUAUAUUCCACACUUUAGACAAAUCAUCUGCAUCUCCUUCUCAUUGGAGGUUGUUUGAAAUUGAUACGCUUUUACUGGGUGCAGAGAAAUACUCGAGGUUUUUCUGUGAUUUAUUGCAACUCUACGACAAGUUGGCCAGUGACUCCACUUACCUGAAAUCUUCUUUGUUUGGUGAAUUCAGAAAGCUUAGUUCAUAUGAAAUUUCCCUUGACAGACUAACUAAGAAAGACAGGGAAUUCAAAGAGUGCUAUUUGAAUUCGAGUAGACCACUACCAUUCGAAAAUGUUAAGACACGCCGUACCUUGAGAGAAAAAAUCGAAACUCUUCAGCAAACAGAUAGAACCCUUCAAUCUGGGGUUUUAAUAUUGAAAAGUCAAAUUUAUCCGGAGAAAGUGAUUCAGAAUCAGAGAUCCAUGAAUUCAGUUUUAGCAUCUCUUCAGAAGGAGUUGUAUACACAUGCCGAAACUUUAAAUACUUUAUCUCAGGGUUUGAACUCUGUAGAGGAAGGCAAGGCUGAGUGUAUUAAAUCUGCUGGAAGCUCUGGUAUUAGUUGUGCUGGCUUGUCAGAUCUACACAAAAUUCCAGCGAGUAGAAUCAGUGAUUUAAUUCUAAAAAAGAAUGCAAAGCGAUCACUUGCAAAUAUUCUUAAAGAUAAGAUUAAUAACAGCAGAUACGUUUCUUUGUAA